GUGUGAUCUUGGCGCGACGAGCGUAAAUCGGGUACAAACCGAGGCUAUAAAAGACCGUUGUUCCCGAUUUGCCCGGCUCAGUUAGUUAAGAUCGUUCGAAGGAGCUCCAUUGCCAGCUUCGUUCAAACGGAUCUACAACAGAUUUUUUUCUGUAUUUCAACGCAAGUUUUCGUCCCACGUUUCUAUAAACCUCUUCCAACAUGCGCGAGUGCAUAUCCGUCCAUGUAGGACAGGCCGGAGUACAAAUUGGAAAUGCCUGUUGGGAGUUGUAUUGCUUGGAACAUGGUAUUCAGCCCGAUGGACAGAUGCCAUCAGAUAAGAUCCUCGGUGGCGGUGACGACAGUUUCAAUACCUUCUUCAGCGAAACUGGCGCUGGAAAGCAUGUACCUCGAGCUGUAUUCGUCGAUCUUGAACCUACUGUCGUGGAUGAGGUGCGCACAGGCACGUAUCGACAGCUGUUCCAUCCGGAGCAACUGAUCACUGGCAAAGAGGACGCCGCCAACAAUUACGCGCGCGGCCACUAUACGAUCGGCAAAGAAAUCGUAGACCUGGUUCUGGAUCGCGUUCGCAAACUAGCGGAUCAAUGCACGGGACUGCAGGGCUUUCUGAUCUUCCACUCGUUUGGCGGCGGCACCGGGUCCGGCUUCACGUCCCUAUUGAUGGAACGACUGUCGGUGGACUAUGGCAAAAAAUCGAAACUCGAGUUCGCAAUUUAUCCGGCUCCCCAGGUCUCCACCGCCGUCGUCGAGCCGUACAACUCGAUUCUCACGACCCACACCACCCUCGAGCACUCGGACUGCGCGUUUAUGGUAGACAACGAGGCGAUAUACGACAUUUGCAGACGCAACUUGGACAUCGAACGACCGACCUACACCAAUCUGAAUCGACUGAUCGGUCAGAUCGUAUCCUCGAUCACGGCCUCGCUGCGCUUCGACGGCGCGCUCAAUGUCGACCUGACGGAAUUCCAGACGAAUCUAGUCCCCUAUCCAAGGAUUCACUUUCCCCUGGUCACCUACGCCCCGGUCAUAUCCGCGGAGAAGGCCUAUCACGAGCAGCUCUCCGUCGCCGAGAUAACGAACGCCUGUUUCGAGCCGGCGAAUCAGAUGGUCAAGUGCGAUCCUCGUCACGGCAAAUACAUGGCUUGCUGCAUGCUCUACAGAGGCGACGUAGUACCGAAGGAUGUCAACGCGGCGAUCGCGACCAUCAAGACCAAGCGCAGCAUACAAUUCGUCGAUUGGUGCCCCACGGGCUUCAAGGUCGGCAUCAAUUAUCAGCCGCCGACCGUCGUUCCGGGCGGGGAUCUCGCCAAGGUCCAGCGUGCCGUGUGCAUGCUCUCGAAUACGACGGCGAUCGCCGAGGCCUGGGCGCGGCUCGAUCACAAAUUCGAUCUCAUGUACGCGAAGAGAGCCUUCGUGCAUUGGUAUGUCGGCGAGGGAAUGGAAGAGGGCGAGUUCUCGGAGGCGCGAGAGGAUCUUGCCGCCCUGGAGAAGGACUACGAGGAAGUCGGUAUGGACUCCAUCGAUGGCGAGGGAGACGGCGCGGAUGAAUAUUAAAGAUUGCCGAUUUCCUAUACUCCCUUCUCGAUGUAUACGCUUGUAUUUCGUAUAUAUUUGUACUACGAUGAUACGUUCUUGCCUGUAUCAGCUAUUUUUUAUCGUUUUUCUCUUUAUCUAAUUUUCCAAGGCAACCUAUCGCGAUAACUUUACUUUCUGUACUUUCUGAUUCGAUUUUAUAUCUUACAAUACAUGAAAUUUUGCGACAAAAUCGUAUUCACUACUUUGUUAUAUAUCUAUAUUGCUUGAAGAAACAGCGCUAUUGAGAGAGAGAUACAUAUAUAUAUAAGCACACAUCUAAAAAUACUUUCUCGUGUAUUUUGUAAUAUUAUUUAUAUAUUAUAUCAACCAUUACAAUAAUAGAUUGCAUUAAUAUUA